AUGAGGAUGAGUCAAGAGGGUGAGUGAGCGACCAAGGGGGAAGAGCAGACGAGCGGCAUUGCCCCUCACACACCGCUGUGUGUUGUCUGCGCAUGUGUGUGUCAAAUGCAGGUAGGCUGCGUGUGACGCCUGACGGCUUGGUGCCCCUCAAAGACCUCAACGAGCUGUCGCUCAGAGAACAGUCGCUCAGAGAACAGUCACCGUCGCCGUCGUCGGAGGAGCUCGUGCCUUCCAUCAAUCUCGUUAGCAUCGAUCCCGCUUACUUCAUUGGUGACAAGGAUCUCAGCGAAGUGGUCAGCGACAUCAUGCGGUGGUACAAGGAUUCCGACAGCUCUCUUGGGUCAUCAGAUCGGAUUCCACUCAUGUCGUAAGCACUCAAAAGUGCCAAAACACACACACACACACACACAUGCACACACGCCUCUUCUCUCUCCUGUUGCAAUGCUGCAUGUGCUUGCAGUCUUACCCGCCACCCCCGCGGAGGCAAGACCCGGUUUCUGAAGGAGAUUGGGCGCCGGCUCCGCGACAAGGAGAAAGUGCCCUCCAUCAGAAUCACUUUCAACGAUCGGACUUCGUACCAGAGAGUGGAGAAGACCCUAUCGCUGGAACAGCGGCUGCUCAAGCGAAUCGGCUGGUCGGUGGCCACCGAUGAGACGCGCCGUCUUGUGGGCAACGACUUCGAGCGAUGGAUGGAGACGGUGGACGUGCCGGACAAGACGAUAAAGGAGUGGCUGGGUGACGGCGGCUGUGUGCUCCUCAUCGAUGAGAUGAACA